AUGCGCAGGGAACGGCGGCCGGGCGCGCGUGUGUGUGCGUGUGUGCGCGUGUCUCUGUCCGUCUGUCCGUCUGCGUGUGCGUGUCCGUGUGUGUGCGCGUCUGCGUGUGGGUGGGCGCGGGCAGGCAGGAGCGCGGCCCGUGCGCGCACACAGCGCCCAGCGGCGGGCGGGCAGCUGCGCCCCGGCGGCAGCGACCGCGCUGCCCCCGCCCGCCGCUCGCCCCCACGGGGCGGGACGCGCCGGGCCCCGUCCCGUCCGGCCCCGCCCCGCCCCGCCCGGGCGGGCACCCGCCGCGGCCCCCCUUCCCUCGCCCCGCCGCAACCCCGCCGCCGGGCCGCGGGCAGGCGCCCGGGCGGGUCCGCGGGCAGCCGAGCCCCGGCCGCGGUGCCGGAGACGGCGCUCCGCAGCCUGCCGCCCCUCCCGUCUGCGAGGGGCGCGCACCGGUGCGCCCCGGCUGCGGGAAGGGUUCGCCUCAUCCCCGUUGCCAGCAAGGCGCUCAGGGGAGCCUUUGCCUAA